CUUGGUGGUCACUGGUCGGACUUCAGUGGCAGAAGUGAUUUCCGAAUGAAAACUUACAUUCAGCAUACAUUCGAUGAUCUCAAAAAAUAAUCUUCAGGAAGAGAUAUUACCAUUUGUAUAAUGGAUGCAUAUGUUUGUACACUCUUGGGCUUUUAUUCUGUUUUUAACUCUUUUCCAAUUGUGGAUGCAUCGAAGGGCCCAUGGACCACAGCUGAAAACGGUUGGGCUGCAGCAAAUGUCAUAAGGAGAGCAAGAGCUGUAAACAAGCCAAUACCCAUCAAUUGUAAGCUGGGAGCUUGGUCAUCUUGGAGCCCCUGUAACUCCUGCACAGAUAAGAAGCACCGUUUCCGCUACUUGGAGCGACCCUCUCAGUUUGGUGGGUCAGAUUGUGUUGAUAAACUGUGGAACACAUUCACAUGUCCGAGAGCGACCACAGAGUGUCUGGAGCCAGAUUACUGUGAAGAAAGCUUCACCUGCAAAGGAACGGGCCGCUGCAUUAGCCAGUCUCUCCGUUGUAAUGGGGAGCCGGACUGUGAGGAUGACUCUGAUGAGGAGGGCUGUGAGCGGGUGACCUCCAGAGAUGACAAGUGCUCCACUCUCCAGCCCAUCCCCGGGGCAAAACGUGGUGUUCAGGGCUACAACGUCUUGACCAACGAGUUUAUGGAUCCGGUUCUCGAUCAAAAGUAUUACGGAGGACAGUGUGAAUAUGUUUAUAAUGGGGAAUGGAAGAAAUUCGGCUACGAGUCCUUCUGUGAGAACCUGCACCUCAAUGAAGAAGACAAAAACUUUAGAAAACCUUACAACUACCAUUACUACCGUUUUAUGGCCCAAGCGGCUUCAGAAGGCUCUAAUGAGUACUAUGAGGACCUUGUUGACUUGGUGAAAGCAAGGAAAAAAGAAAGCUCUUCCAAUGGCGGGUUCACAGUCGGGAUCAGUUAUGUGGAGGUGGGGCUGAAAGGAAGCAGCGAAGCCAAGUUUCUGACAAAUAUGACACAACAUAACGCCCAGGAUCUGGGGUUCAUCAGACUUCAAUCCCAAGUGCAAACAGCCAAUUUUAAAAUAAGGAGCGAUAAGCUGAUGCUCCAUGACGACCUGUACGUCUCCCUCAUGGAGCUCCCGGAGCAGUACAACUUUGGGACGUACUCCCAGUUCUUCGACACAUUUGGCACCCAUUAUGUCACUGAAGGAACGAUGGGAGGAACCCUGGAGUACAUUGCAGCUGUCAACAAAACCUCUAUGUUAAAACUGGGGGUCAAAGGUCAACAAGUUGGCAGCUGCAUUGGUGCCACACUUGGUAUAAGCAAAACCAUUAGCAAAUCGGUGUCAGCUGAUCUCACACUGCGUGCAAACGGCUGUGGAAAAACUGGGGAGUACGACACAGUGAAAGGCGCUCACUUGGAUAUUAUUGAAGACAGCGUCACUAUUGUGAAGGGGGGCAUCACAGAAAGCAGCAGCACCCUUUUGGCUAUCAGGGACCCUGACACUUACAGGAAAUGGGGAGAAACCCUCAAGUAUAACCCGACACUCAUUGAGUUUGAGACCAUGCCAAUCUAUGAGCUUGUGCGCCUCAGCACGGCAGCUGAUCAUGUAGGUCAGAGGCUGGCCAACCUGCGGAAGGCCUGGGAUGAGUACCUGCUGCAGUUUAACUCAUGCCGUUGCGCUCCCUGCAGGCACAAUGGGAUACCCAUGCUAUUUGGUACCUCAUGUCGCUGCAUUUGCAAGACAGGGUAUCUUGGACAAGCGUGCGAGGAGACAAAUGGCAGAGACGGCAAGACAGAUGGGUCAUGGUCCUGCUGGGGGUCCUGGUCAUCUUGUCAGGCGGGAAGGAAGACUCGGACAAGGGCCUGUAACAACCCCCCGCCAGACAACGGUGGAGUCACCUGCCUGGGCUCCUCGUCUCAGAGCGGGCACUGUUGAAGUGAUGUCUCUCAGCCAGAAUCCACUGCCUCCUAAUCAUACUGCAGCUUACUUAAAGCUGGACCAAAA